AUGUCCGUCGAAAGUCCCGGCGACAGACAGGGCUUCCGGGCCUUCUUUGCCAACGCUCUCCGGCCCAAGAGGUCUCGCCGAGUCCUCCGCAAGGCUAACGCAUCCACUCCGGACCUUCGCUCAACUGCCCUGGCACAGAAGCUCGACAAUGAUAUCCCCCCGGUCCCUAAACUCGCUCCGUUGCAGGCUCAUCAGGAGAAAUACCGGGCAGCAGCAGGACAAAUCGACUCGCAAUUGGGAGAAAACCGCGACUACACCACGAUCAUACACUCGCUCGGAAUCCAUGGCACGGGGAACCACGAACAAGACGCGGAAGACUGGGAAUAUGACCCCCGACGACCAGGAGAGCCAUUGAUAGCCAGUCUAUCAAUGACUCUCUGGGGCAUGGUAGCCGAGAACCUCGAUCCCGCCGAUAGAGCCAGCUUAGCCUUCGCCAGCAAAACCUUGUUCAAUCGACUCGGUCCAGGGCCCUGGAUCGAACUGGACCAUCCCGAGAACCGCGAGUAUCGCGCUGAGUUCCUCGUCUCGCAGGACCGCUUCCUACCGCACCAUCUGCUCUGCUUCCCCUGUGCGAAAUUCCACCGUCGGACCCAGGAAGGCCGCGAGAAACUCCAACCAGCAACUGUUAUCAACCCGCUCUUCGAGUGCCCGAACGCGCGCAACGCAGCUCUUCCCGCACCCCGUCACCGAAUCACCCAUGGCCGCACCCUAUACUUCGCCUUCGUCCAGCUCGCAAUGCGCGCCUACCGCUUCUCUCCAUACUACGGCAUCACCGUCGAAUCCCUCUCCCGCCGCUGGCAACGCGACGGCUGGUCCCAUCACUCCCGCUACCUCGUCAGCAAAGGCCGUCUGCUAAUGCGAGUUGUAAGCUCGACCUUCGCGCCGCCAGACCUCCCGCCUUCCUCGCAGCGUCUCCUCCUCUACUCCCGCGAGGACUACUGGCCGUUCUUCUCUGCGUGCGCGCACUGGCGCGACGGCGAACUCAUGAACGUCUGCAAAUGCGCGCUGAGCCAUAUCCCCAAACCACGGCCCACAGCAGGCCUGCAGGGCGUCGAGCACAGAGCAAAGGACCUCGCCCACGGCCGUAUUUACAAUCCCAACGCUAUCACGACACUCUGCGGGAAAUGUCGCCCCAUGCGCCGCUGCCCCGAUUGUCCCUCCGAGUACCUUGUUGAGAUCAAACUCACCGAGGACCGCGCGAAUCCGAAGAGCAUACACUUCCGACACGCCAUCGUCGUCACGCGCUGGUGCGAUCUGGGCGAUGGGACGAGUCCGAAGUCGUCCCCGGAAUGGGCGGCUAUUAACGGGGAGGGAGAGAGAUAUGACUCGUUCAAGUUAUUAGGGAAGAGGACUAUCUCUGGGACGUUCGAGUCUGCGCUCACGGAUGAUACCAUCCCCGGCCAACGGGUUCUGAAUAUGAAUCCGAAGGGCAAGAGGCUUGGGGAGGCCGGGACGAAUUGGUAUUGA